UUUAAUUAAGUCUCAGUUGAGUCUGUGAGCACUACCCUACAUAGUAAAAUCCUGUUCCACACUCCACAGUCCCCACUACCCACUCCAUACCGGUAUUCGAACUUCAAAGUUAGUCUUUCUUGAAGUUAUUUUUUAAAUACUUUUAUGCUCAAAAUAUUGGUGUUUUGCCACGUACAAGUACUUUACGUUUUACCGAGCUUAAUCUCUAAAUAGUAGUGAACAAGUCUUUAAGAUAAUGUGGAAAUAAAGUUAUAAUACAAAAGAUCAUCAUUGUGGUAAAAAUAUGGGUAUGGAGAAACACUACAGGGAUGAGGAACUCUCAGAGUACCUCUACCCUCCAGAAAUAUUACAGAAAUUAGAUUUUACUAAGAGUCCUGCUACAUUUAAACCAAAAAUAAGUGCGGCAAGCCCAGGAGAGGAUUGGAUGGUGGUCAGACCUCUCCAGAGGUCUGAUUAUGAUAAAGGUUUUCUACAAUUGCUAAGUCAAUUAACAAGCACUGGGAAUAUUUCAAAAAAACAGUUUGAUGAGAGAUUCACUCAAAUGAAAAUGUCUGGAGGUUACUAUGUCACAGUCAUAGAAGACAAGAGACUGGCAAAGAUCAUCGGUGCAGCCACACUCACUGUGGAACAAAAGUUUAUACAUAACUGUUCCUUGAGAGGCCGCUUAGAAGAUGUUGUAGUCAAUGAUACCUACAGAGGAAAACAACUAGGAAAACUUAUUGUCGUGACAGUAUCGCUAUUAGCCCAUGAAUUGGGCUGUUACAAAAUGUCGUUAGAUUGCAAGGACAAGUUAAUUAAGUUUUAUGAAAGCCUCGGUUAUAAACUUGAGGCUGGCAAUUCUAAUGCUAUGAAUAUGCGGUUUGAAGAGCCAUCUUGACAAUUAGCCGCUGGGUCAUCCGACUUGCGCUCCAAACUGUAAGUGUACAAUGACAGCUAGGAACGGACUUCGCAACAACACUACAAGACGUCAAAUUUAAACGGUGUGAAUAUAGUCGCAAGUGGUACAAUCUGAACAAUGUCUAAAUUAUGUUACGAAAUAAAAUAGGUAGCUUUCGUAAUUAAUAUUUCUCAAUAGCCAAGUUUUAUUUUUAUUUUACGUACGAUACGAAAACGAUUUUAUGUACAAUUAACUGACGUCAUAUUGAGCUUAUUUUUUUUUAACUUUUCAUUAUAUUCUACCAGAUUUCUCAGCUUUUAGUAUAGUUGAUAAUAAAUAUUUAAAAAAAUGUGUUUGUUGUGAUUUCUGCAGUUGUUUUUGUGUUUACAGUCGCAGGGUCAAUUUCUUUAUCCAUCAAAUAUAUUUUUCACAGUGUGAUGAUUAUAUUUGAUGGGGUAUUUAAUUGAUUAUGGAUGUCUCGGCAGAUAAGUUUUAAGUUUCGAUAAAUGUUUUCGCCAUUUAGCUUUGCUUAUUGUUUGCCAAUAACGGAUAGUUUUUUCUUUAUUAGAAGAAAACCGUCCGUUACAUAUUGGAAUUAAUAUUGUUUUAAUUGAAUACUAACUCUUUUAUAUUAAACGUAUCGCUUUUAA